AUGAAUAAUCGUAAGGAAGUCCAAAAAGGUAGCAUUAUGGCUGCAAGAGCUACUGCUAGUUGUAUCAGGACAUGUCUUGGACCAAGAGCAAUGUUAAAAAUGCUUAUGGACCCAAUGGGAGGAAUAGUAAUGACAAAUGAUGGUAAUGCAAUUCUUCGUGAAAUUACUGUUAAUCAUCCGGCAGCUAAAAGUUUCAUAGAAAUGGCUCGUGCACAAGAUGAAGAAACCGGUGAUGGUACAACAUCUACAAUUAUAAUAGCUGGUGAUUUAAUGGCUAAAGCUGAACAAUUUUUAGAUCAAAAUAUUCACCCUAAUACUAUUAACAAAGCUUUUGCUGAAGCUUUAAAUUUAAUCAUAGAGAAAAGCAAUACUACAUUGUCAAAGACUAUUGAUAUUGAAAAUAAUGAUGAAAUCGGGCAAGUUGUCAAGUCAUGUAUCAAUACUAAAAUGAUGAAUAACUUCAUGGAUUUUGCUGUUGAUAUUGCUGUUAAUGCUAUUAAAACUAUUGCUGUUUCUGAUGGCAAUACAAAGGACAUUGAUAUCAAAAGAUAUUGUCGUAUUGAGAAAGUUCCUGGUGGCAAUAUUGAAGAUUCUAAAGUUUUUAAAGGAGUUGUUAUCAAUAAAGAUGUUGUACAUCCUAAAAUGAAAAGACGCAUUGAAAACCCACGUGUUCUUCUUCUUGAUUGUAAUUUGGAAUACAAAAAAGGAGAGUCACAAACAGCUCUUGAACUUAUGAAUGAAGCUGACUUUACUAAAGUUCUUCAACAUGAGGAAGCUGAAGUUAAAAAAAUGUGCGAUGAAAUAAUUGCCUUAAAACCUGAUUUAGUUAUUACUGAGAAAGGAAUUUCAGAUCUUGCUCAACAUUAUUUAGUCAAAGCUGGAAUAACAGCUUUAAGACGUUUAAAAAAAACCGAUAAUAAUCGUCUUGCUCGUGCUACUGGUGCUGUAAUUUGUCACGAUACGAAAGACCUCAGCGAAGAGAAUGUUGGUACUAUUUGUGAACUUUUUGAAAUCAAGAAGAUUGGUGAUGAAUACUUUUCUUAUAUAACUUCUUCAAAAGCUACCGUCUCCACUAUUCUUCUUCGUGGACCAUCAAAGGAUAUUAUUAAUGAAGUUGAAAGAAAUCUUCAUGAUGCUAUAUAUGUUGUAAGAAAUCUUUUAUUAAAUCCAAAGAUUGUUCCAGGUGGUGGUGCUUAUGAAAUGGCUUUGGGAAGUGUUUUAAGAAGUGCUCAUGCUUCAACAAAGGGACUUGUUCAUAACAUUUUUAUGGCUAUUGCUGAUUCAUUGGAAGUUAUUCCAAAAGUUCUUAUUCAAAACAGUGGUAAACAUGUUGGUGGGGAAGUUUUAAAACAAACAACUGAACUUCGUUUCUUACAUUCUCAAGAGACUACUGAUAAUAAGAGAUCAAAUUGGACUUAUGGAGUUGAUGGUGUAACUGGGAGAAUUGUUGAUAUGAAUGUUGCAAAUAUCUGGGAUCCUCUUACAGUUAGACUUCAAGCAUUAAAGACAGCUAUUGAAAAUUGUAUAAUGCUUCUUCGCAUUGACGAUAUCAUUAGUGGUACUAAAAAGAAGGAUGGUGAACCAUCUGCUACAGCUGCAUAA